CCGAGAUCGGAACUGGUCUUGGUAGAUCCACCUGCGCGCAUAUCUCUCCACCACACGCCUACGUACGGUGUGAAACAGUGAGGCAGCUUAGGGCAUCGAUCUCGCAAGAGCAGUCGUUUGUAGCUGAGUAUCAGACCAUUUUGUGAAGACUAUAAUGCACGAUCACCGCCCGCCACGAUCAGCUCGGCAGACUGUACCUUCCGAAGAGACAUAUCCACGUAACCAAGGCAUGGCUCCCUCCUACACACGAUCAUCACCGGCAAGACAGCAUUCAGAAGAGUCCUGGAUCGACAUCAGCUCGAGACUGUCCUCGUCCUCACUAUCCUCUGCUGCCGACGAAAUCAUCACGACAGGCCUCACAGUCCAACAUGACUCGAACUUGUAUAGAAGAAACAGACGUCCACGCGGCGGCCACUUCCAGAUAGGCACUGGUCAUCUUGUAACGAGCGCUGGUGGAGGUAACAGUAGUCAAGAGGAGUACGAUGAGAGCGAGAGCGAAUCGGACAGGGUGAUGACGUCCUCGAACGAGCAUAUCGGACCUUCUCCUCUGAGGCAGGAAGUGCACCACAUCUAUCGCGGGCCACAUUCUGUUACCUCUUCUGACACCAUGUCAGAGAGGGAGGAAGAGGAUGAAGACGACGACGAGAAUGCGACCGCGGUCAACUACCCAAGAUCAACCGCUCGACAGUUUCAACCUCGACCCAACGCAUUCUCACACCCAAGUGCCGAACACAUUGUACGCUCACAGUCAGGGACGGUCUACAUACCGCGAAGGCCUGCAACAAGGCCAGGCUCUCAGCGACAGCACUCAUACCCACAACAUACGCCCUACAACGUCAUAUCACCCGGCCACCAAGCUGACCAUGACGAGGCACUCCGAGCCAGCCUCUCCACACUCCUGUCUGCCGCAGCUGCAGUCAGAGGCCUUCCUAAGCCCGGUCAAUCUCAUGCCGCACCGGCCGCAACGUCUAGCCGCGUCGAUCCCUCGUCUCUUCGGAUGGUUCCCGAAUCAGUAGCCCUAGGCGAUAUGACUGAGGAAACGAACAACGGCUCAUCUUCCCGUACCACAAGCAGCAGUCCUUCCGACAAAUCCAAACGCAAAGCCAGCCCAGCCGUUGCUGGCGUCCGGAGCAGCAGCAGAGACCGUCAUGCGGCUAAGAAGGCACGCAAGCAGAGUGCUCUGAUUGAAGAGAUUAGCCCAACACUCUUCACAUGGGUCGUCAGUGCCGGCGUUGUCGUCCUUGUAAGCGCCCUUAGCUUCUCUGCAGGAUAUGUCGUCGGUAACGAAGCUGGCUAUGCCGAAGCUGUGGGCCAGAUGGGUGUUGUUGGCUCCGAAGGUGGAAGCUGUGGUAAAGAAGCUGUACGAGGUACCGGUCUGGGUCUUCGCAGGCUCCGCUGGACUGGAGGCGCUGUCGUCCGCGUUUGAACACAAUCAUGACUUCGUCACGCUCGACGAGAUACGAACAUUACGAACAAGAAGCGAGUGCUUCAUCUGCAUCGUUUCCGGAGCAAGCACACAUGGGUGGUAUUUAUCUUUACUUGCUUUCCACACCCAUACAAUGGCGUCUGCGUUCCUGACUUUCAAAGCGCGCAUUGUUUCCUUGGGUUACAGAUACCGGCGCUGUAUUGGCGUUCGCGGUUGAUUCUCAGCAUAUGGUCAAGGUAAUGGCAUUGCGCUGGCUGGAUUGAUGGUGUUUGGGGCACGUU